AUGAUGAAUAUGAAAGUUCGACGUUUAGUAUUUCGUCUCGUUGUUAUAAUUCCAUUUAUAUGGUUAAUUAUUAUAUUAGCUUUAUUACAGACAGGUGAUAAUAAUAAAAAUACGAUAAAUGAAAAUCAACGAGUUCAUCGUGCCGGACGAGAUGCGGAUAAUAUAGAUGCAUUCGGUGGAGCUGAUAUUAAGAUUAGAAAGCCAAAUAUUGAUAAAUUACUUAACAAUUUUAAUAAUCAAAGCGUUAGUAGCGUAUUAAAUGAUAAUAUUCGUGUUAUACACGACAAACAUGAACAAGUUGCCGCACCACAAAUCGACAAACAUGACAUAAACGGACCAGGAGAAAUGGGCAAACCAUUUGAGGUUGAUAAAGAAAAAUUAUCACCGGAAGAACGUCAAAAAUAUGAUAAAGGUUUUCAAGAAAACGCAUUUAAUCAAUACAUUAGUGAUAUGAUAUCGAUACAUCGAAGUUUACCAGAUGUUAGAGAUCCUGGAAAAAUGCAAUAUUUAGACAAUUUGCCAUCAGCAUCUGUUGUCAUGUGUUUUCAUAAUGAAGCAUGGAAUGUACUAUUGCGCUCUAUUCAUUCAAUUAUUGAUAGAACUCAGCCAAAUUUAUUGAAAGAAAUUAUCCUAGUGGAUGAUUUUUCUGAUAUGGAUCACUUGAGAAAACCCUUAGAUGACUACGUCGCACCACUUAAAAAAGUAUUUAUUGUUCGUCAACAAAAACGAGAAGGUCUUAUUCGCUCGCGAUUAGCUGGAGCAAAGACUGUUAAAGGCGAUGUUAUUGUAUUCUUAGAUUCACACAUCGAAGCAACAGAAGAUCCAAUAGCACGUAAUAAAUCAACUGUGGUUACUCCUGUCAUUGAUGUUAUUGAUGAUACAACAUUUAAAUAUAACUAUGGUGCUG